AUGCCGAAAGUAUCCAAGCGAAAAGCUCAUCUACGUAAAGCAAGUCAAGCAUCAGUAGAUGCACGAAAAGCCACUCAACGUAACAAACAAAUCCAUGAUAUUAGUCAAAUGUUAACCCAAAUGGAUGACAAUAAAUUACAGUUAAUUUACCAAAACAUCGUUCAAUUAACCAAUAAUGAAAAAACAAACCAAAUGACGCUUCGCCAAAAGUUAGUCAAUAUGAUUGAACAAUUACCUGAUGAUCAAUUGAAGCCUGCAGCUUAUUUAUUUAACAAAAUGAGGUAUGAUAAAGGGACAAAUGAGGAUAAACUGCUUUCACCUUUUUUACAAGAUAAGGCAUUAAACUUUAUAAAGACGUCUCUUUAUAAGCCGCAUCAAGAUUCUGGCUCAUUAGUUCAAAACAACAAAACCUUGCAAAAAAAAAUAAAUCAACUAGAAAAUUCGAAUGCUAAAAAAAUUAAUAAGGUCAAACAAUUAGUGGGAACAUUAUCACAUUAUAAGCGUAAAAAGAGUCAACAUAUCUCAAAAGUACAUGCUACUGCACGUAAAUCUCAACUUGCAGAUUCGCAAAGCUUGAAUGCAACCAUUCAGGCAAUGAUUAUGAAAGAUAAGCGUCAUUAUACAACACAAUUCAUAAAUAUGGCAGCUCAAGUAUCACAAAUUGGUCAAAUAUCAUUUAGAAGUACAGUUCAAGCUACACAGUUAAUCUUGGGUUUUUUAACUGGAGAAAGUUUAUCUUUGCCGAUUUCAUCUAGAUCAAUUAUUCGAUGGAAUCAAGAAAUUA